AUGGCUUCUAUAUUCACCUUCGAUCCUGACCCUCCGCGGGUCUCAUCGCCAUGGGAAACUACUUCCGCCGGCGACGUCGCGCAAACGCCCAUCCCAUCCACGAAUUCUCGACGACUUCCUUCGCCGCUAGGUAGUACCGGGGGCGAAGUGGGAUUAGACACAACAAAGCCCACUGCUGCUAUAGACUAUACAGCUAUCACGAGGCUGGAGGCUGAGCCACAGGACGGGCCUACUGAGUACAAGCUGCAUCUGCUGCUCAGGCGGCGGCGGUCUUUUACCCGCACGAGCACUGGACGCCAUAUAUCCGGGUCCAUGCGUCGACCUGACAUACCCAUUCCUGUAGUGGGUCGCAGCGCAUCUGAGUCAGGCCUUCUUUCGAACACCCCUCCUCCGUUGGCCGCGACACAGUCAAAACAGCAUCGUCUCGAGCAGUUGACCACUCAACUGCUGUGGCGACUACAACAAUCAUGCCCGAACCACAUGUCCUCGUCUAUGGCACCCGUCGUUCCUCAUUUUCCCGAGGAUGCACGGUUGUCAGCCCCCGAGAUGCCACAACGGCUUCUACCUGGACUGGAGGAGAGCAGUGGUGCGCUUUACGAAAUUGGAGUUGCUGACGACGGAACCAUCGUCGGUCUAGCAGAAGAUGAGAUGGAAGAGAGCUUGAACAACUUGCGCGCUAUGGCUGCAAGCCUAGGCUGUGGUGUUGAAGUUAUGCGCAGAGUUCCUGUUGGUGAUUGCGAGUGGGUCGAGGAUUCUGGCACACCGCAACAAAGGGUGAUAAGAUCGCAACUACUAGUUGCUGAAGCAUUAGUACGCCCAGAACAGCACUUGAUCAAUAAGUCGGAAAAAACGCAGCAAGAUGCAAACAACGAUGCGCUCAGAACCAGUGCUAGCGACAUGGCACUGGGCAAGGAGCCCCAAAGGGUCACUGAGCAGAUGCGCGUAUCAGUGACUGGUGCCACUAUGUCUGGUAAAUCUACCCUACUCGGAACUUUAUCUACUGCUACGCUGGACAAUGGCCGAGGAAAGAGUCGCUUAAGUCUACUGAAACACAGGCACGAGAUUGCAUCGGGGAUGACCAGUUCUGUCACCCAAGAGUUGAUAGGAUAUCGCGACGAAGGAGAUCAUUCACAAGUGACCAGCUAUGGCUCAGGGGAUAUUGAUUCGUGGAUCGACAUUCAUGCGGCGGUGGAGUCAGCGGAGAACGGCCGGUUGGUGUUUCUUUCUGACUCAGCUGGACACCCUCGGUUCAGGCGUACUACGGUCCGUGGAAUUGUUGGCUGGCAACCACAUUGGACACUUUUGUGUGUUCCAGCUGACAAUACCGACGAGUCGUCGGGUAAGCUUGGAGCUUCACCUUCUUCUGAAGAGUUGCUUGGGCCAGCAGCAGCGGAUUUGGAUCUUUCGCACGCACAUCUACAACUCUGCCUCGCCUUGCAAUUGCCGCUUGUGAUUGUCAUCACCAAGUACGACUUAGCUACCAAGAACGGUUUGAAAAGCACCUUGCAAAAAUUGCUCUCGGCGUUGAAGGAACACAAGCGGAGGCCUUUGCUCAUCACUGACCCGUCGACAUCUGUCUUGGAAGCCGAUCUACACACCAUCGAGGCAGCCGAUCUUGGGGAAACUGAGAAGACUCUAGACUUGCUUGUAGACUCGCCACUCGCAGCAGUGCCAGUGAUACUAACUAGCGCAGUCAAGGGAACUGGGAUACAGAAAUUGCAUGCGUUUCUCCGGAGACUACCGAUGCCCACGCAAGUAACCCCACCGGCAAGUACGCCCAUAUCCCCACUCUUCUAUAUUGAAGAUGUUUAUGGCGUCCGCCCAGAUGGGAUCGGUGAUAGCUCCGCGAUCAUUGGAGGCUACCUCCGGUAUGGAUAUUUGGCCGUUGGUGAUGAGCUGCUGCUAGGACCAUACCCUGUUGAUGUCAGCUCGGACGAUAGCGACAGCGGUAGUUCAAGACCAAGUCGCAAGCCUGCUAUGCCACAGUCAAGAUCGUUUCCCGGCGCACUCAGCGCGAAGCCAAAAAAUGCUUCACUGCGCAACCGACACAGCGAGUGGCAACGUGUCCGCGUUACGUCUUUGCGCAAUUUACGUCUACCCGUACGGAAGUUGCAUGCCGGACAGGUUGGUACUAUGGGUGUCGUACCUGUGAGUACGCCAAAUGUCAACUCGUCUAUCAAUAGGGUACGCAAAGGCAUGGUAUUGGUAGCUCGCGAGCCCAAGGCGCACAAGAUCAUUAAAGUACGUUUCGAGGAGAAGCAAGCAGAGGGUGUCAAAGAUCUCAGCGUCGGAAGUGCAGUUGUGGUCUACGUCGCCAGCGUCAGAGCUUCAUCUAAGGUCUUGUCCGUCGCUACUGAACGGAUGGAACUUAAUCAUUCGAUGAACAAGACUCAUAAUGGCGCGGAUGAGGACGACACUUUUGGAUUCGGCUUCGAUGAUGAAGUAAGGGAGCCUACAACGGGAACUGUACCACCUGCCGUCGUAGUGACGUUUCAGUUCAUCGCCUCGCGCGAAUUCGUGGAGGUGGGUGCCAAGGUGUUGGUCAUGCCUGGUGGUGGGCCUGGGCUUUAUGGGGGUAAUGAGAGGGGAGCAAAGGGCAUGGCUGGUCUCGAAGGAUUUGUUGGGAGAGUGCUGGGAGAUGUUUAG